GAUGCGCCUCCAAUGCGCAAAACAACAUCGCUGAUAGUAUUUUUUCUCAAGUUUUUACAUGGAUUCUCAAUGGUUUCUCAAUUUCAUAAAUAAUAUUAUCGUUUCUUUCAUGCAAGCAUUCUUUGCAUUCUUCUCACCACUCGAUGCUUGUUUUCCCGUCAACCGGUAAAUGACAUAAACGACGAAAAAAGAAGAGAAAACAAAGAUAUUGACGCGUACGUACGUACUCAAUAUAAUCACGACUAUACAGAGAAAGACCAGUCGGACUAGUUUUCGCAAAUGGUUUUAAAUACCAUUUACUAGAGGGUAAGCAAUAAGGGGAACGAACUUUGUCAUACGGAUGGACAAGGAGAAUUCACAUUCGUGUUUGUGCGAUGCCAACACCGGGUCACGCGUUCGCACGCACGCACGUGCGCACGCCACGAUUCAUCGUUUUACCACGGUAGACUGACAUUUGCCGGGAUAUCGCGGUUGACGACACACGUAAGCGCACGCGCAUAUUGCCCGUACAAAUUCGAGUUUUCGAGUGUUCAAUUCGUGACUCUUUUCGAUACGAGAAAAAUGACAAGUUCGAUACGAUCGAACGAUCGUUUCCGAACCAAUGAAUUUUUCUCGUCUCGUAUACGAUAUUCUCGAAAUCGAUUCGCGAAUCCAUCGCAACAAAGAGCAGAAAGUGAACAAGCUUGACGUCACUGGAAUCAUUCGCGCCACUUAGAUCAAGUCACGAGUUCAAUUUAGAAUGCGAACGGUCAAGUACCGUGCUUCGAUCAGCCGUUUCGUUCCAUAACCUGUAAAAUGUUGGAAUCAUUUCAUAUUGGAAGAAUAAUGUAUUCAUACAUAUACGAAAAAGAAAUCAAAAAAUAUUCGCUGAAAUGAUUGUGAACUUUGAAAAGUCAAUGGUGAAAAUAGCGUAGAAAGGGAAAAAGAGAGAGAAAGAUCUAGAGUCUAGACCUAAAUGCGACCAAGUCGAUUCGAGUUAUACCGAUAUCACCUCCAUUAUGAGGUCAUUGGUCUUCCUUCCUCUUGGUUACUCUGAACUCGUGGAAAUACAUAGCACGUAGUCGUGUACGUAUACACGCCUACACGUCAGACUAGUGCGAUCUCUUUACUUCACAACGGUUAUAUUUCGAAUUAAAUCAUUCUUCGGCAAGAUUUUUCGUUCUGUUUUUUCAACGCGUUCGUUUUGUCGUUCGUUCGCACAAUUUUUUUUCUUAUCUUCACAUAGAUAAUCACAAAUCCUAUCACAAAUCGACGUGACAAAAUACAUGGAACCCGAUCGUUGCCGAAUCUCUGAUACGUUUUCCGCGAAGAAAAACGAUGAUUGAAAAAAGAACGAAGGAACAAACAGAGAAAGUAAAGUGUGUGCGUAUAGGUGUGACGGGGUAAAGAGGAAGAGGACUAGAAGGAGACGCGUGUACAGUCGCGUUUAGUAGAAGACGUGGGUUACAGAAGUGUCGAGAUCGCGUCCGCGUUUACGCAUCUACCGCAGAAAGAGAUGGCCAGGGACACACCAGGCUCCCCGAUGUCCAGACCGAGAGACUUGGUCGGUGGAGUUGGCGCUACUACGACCACCUUGACAUCGAGCGGUUAUCACACUGGUUCCGCGGAUCCAUCCACCCUUCAUGGCCACGUAUUGCAGCAAAAGAUACUCGAGCUACAACAGCAUCAUCAGCUUCAACAACAAAUUCUCCGGCAACAAUAUCAGGCGCAAGAACGACAAUUGGCCGAACUGCACGAGCAACAGAUGCAUCAGUUGAAGCUUUGGGAGCAGCAGAAACAACUGGAGGAGCAAAGGAGAGAGAAGGAGAGGCUCGAGGCAUUGAGGAAGAAGGAUAAACACGAUCACAGCGCGAUCGCUUCGACGGAGGUGAAGCAACGACUUCAGAGCUUCCUCGUGAACAAGAAGCAAAGGGAGGCCGCAGCGGCUGCUAACGGGGCCGUACCUGGUACACCCGGAUACAGGAGCUGGUUGCAGCCGCAAUCGGCGGAAUCGGCGGGCGCAGCGAACGCUUCGCAUCCGUACAGGAUGCCGCAGAUGUUGCAGGAAAAAUUCGCCGAUGAUUUCCCUCUACGGAAAACAGCCUCGGAGCCGAACCUGCUCAAGGUGCGACUAAAGCAACGCGUGGAGAGGAACAUGGCCGCGUCGAGAAAUUCACCCCUGAUGGCACGACGGAAGGAUCGGCUGCUGUCGCACCUCAAGCGGAAAUCAUUGCUAGCAAAUUCUAGUAGUAAUCCAGAGUCCGGGCCUAAUUCACCACCGACCGUGAACAAUUCUCAAGCGAGCCCCACAGCGGGUGGAAACGCAGCGGCGAUCCAAGAAGAGACGGAAAAUACCGGUUACGGGGGUCCAUUGACCAGCAGCAGUCAACAAGGUAGCUUAUCGGAUCUUUCGUUGUUCAGUUCACCGUCCAUGCCCAAUAUUUCGCUGGGACGACCUCACGUUCCAUCCGGUUCCAACACGACCGGUACGAAAUUGGCCACGGUCUCGGAGGCAGAGGUACGCGCGGCGUUCACCGCACGACUAGGAAUGCCGCUCACGGGUCAAAUGUUGCCCGGCACCUUACCUUUUUAUCCAUCGUUGACGGUAAUCGAGGGAGGAGAGGCAACGUCGACCGGUGGCUACGUUCACAAGCAGAUGCAGCAAAAUUUGGAACAUCCAUCGGUAACGAAUCGGCAACAUCCACCGUCCGCGGUCUAUCACGGUAGCACGACGGCAAAUCCCAUUACGGACACGCAAGUAGCGCAUGCGAGGCUGCAAAAGGCUGGUCACCGGCCUUUAGGUAGUAGAACUCAAUCCGCGCCGUUGCCGUUGGGCCAUCCAAUGCUGCAAGGUGGCAUGAUGGCGCCUCAGACCCAUUACGAAGAGUACCUGGCAGAGAAACAAUUGCAUGACCAGCAACAGGCGCACAAUUACCUGAAACAGCAGAUACGUCAAACGGUGUUGACGCGAGUCGGGUCUCGGGGGCAGGCGAAUCAAUUGGACGAGGCUCCCGAAACCGAGGAAUCUGCCGAGGUGAUAGAUCUUACAGGAGGGAAGAAAGACAUGUCGGAAGAGAGCGAAAUCUCGAAACAGCAACGGGAUCGUGAACAAUUCCUCCAACAGCAGAGAGAUCUGAUGAUGAGACACACGUUGCAAAUCUCGAACGAAUCUUCGACGGCCUAUGGUGGCAGCGGGGGCGGUAGUGGGAGCGGAAGCAGAAGCAAUCAACCUAGCGCAAGACCGUUAUCCAGAGCUCUAUCCAGCCCAUUGGUUCAUUUGGGUCCUCAGGGAGGAAACCAAUCCACCGGCGAUCUAUUCGCUCGUGCUUCGUCUCAUCGACCUACCACCGGUUUGGCCUACGACCCGUUAAUGUUGAAGCAUGCUUGCGUUUGCGGCGAAACGGUUCGAGGUCAUCCCGAGCAUGGAGGAAGGUUGCAAAGCGUGUGGGCACGUCUCUCGGAAACCGGAUUGUUGCAACGUUGCGAUCGAAUACGUUCACGGAAAGCUACCCUCGAAGAGAUUCAAACGUGUCACAGCGAGGCUCAUGCUUUACUCUUUGGAACGAAUCCGAUGAAUCGGCAAAAGUUGGACGUAUCGAAGCUCUCUCAACUGCCCAUCAAGAGUUUCGUAAGGCUGCCGUGCGGUGGAGUAGGCGUCGAUUCCGACACCACGUGGAAUGAACUGAAUACCGCGCCAGCUGCUAGAAUGGCCGUCGGCUGCGUCGUCGAUCUGGCUUUUAAAACCGCAAUGGGCGACAUUAAGAACGGUUUCGCCGUGGUACGACCGCCGGGACAUCACGCUGAAACCAACCAAGCCAUGGGCUUCUGCUUCUUCAACUCGAUCGCGAUCGCUGCACGAUUGCUUCAACAGAAGCUCGAUAUUCGGAAAAUCUUGAUCUUGGAUUGGGACGUUCAUCAUGGGAACGGAACGCAACAAAUGUUCUACGACGAUCCACGAGUGCUCUACCUGUCGAUACACAGGCACGACGAAGGUAACUUCUUUCCAGGGACUGGUGGGCCGACCGAGUGCGGAGCUGGCGAAGGAUUGGGUUACAACGUGAACGUAGCGUGGUCCGGUGGGCUGAAUCCUCCUAUGGGUGACGCGGAAUACUUGGCCGCGUUCCGUAGCAUCGUGAUGCCAAUCGCGAAAGCGUUCGACCCGAGCAUCGUGCUCGUCUCGGCAGGAUUCGAUGCAGCCAUCGGGCAUCCAGCUCCUCUGGGAGGUUACAAAGUGAGUCCUGCGUGUUUCGGAAAGAUGACCCAACAACUGCUUGGAUUGGCGAACGGUAAGGUUGUUCUUGCCCUGGAGGGGGGUUACGAUUUGGCCGCGAUCUGCGAUUCCGCCCAGGAAUGCGUUCGAGCCCUCCUCGGGGACGAACCGACCCAACUUCGAGAGGAGGAAUUGACCAGGGCGCCUUGUCAAAACGCGGUCGACACGCUGCAAAAGACUAUCGCCGUGCAGAUGUCUCAUUGGCCUUGCGUCAAGUUGAACGCGCACACGGCUUCGAUGAGCGCGAUCGAAGCCGGACAAAAGGAACGCGACGAGACCGAGACAGUAUCCGCGAUGGCCUCUUUAUCGAUGCAGCAGCCUACCAAUUUAACCGAUUUGCGAUUUUUCAGAACUACCCCAGAACAUUCCCGAGAAGUUUCCGAGGAGCCGAUGGAACAGGACGACGCCAAAUGAAGAAAGACGCGAAACUGGUCGUCGAUCGUGUAUCGAUGUAAUCACGAGGCUAUCGUUACGUUCGUACCGCUUCUUCGUAGAACGCGAGUGACGACGACUGUGAUCGAUCCGAAACCGCUCAGCAAUCAUCAGUUUCCAGACACAGCGUCGUUGGAACGAACGAGCCUUUAUGCACCUUUUCCGCGCUUCGCUUUCGCACCUUGUUCAUCCUAUGUAUAGAUCCGAUCGAGCGCAAAUCAUGGUGGAAAUCGCGAAAUUAAUCUCGACUAAAAAUCUAAAAAGACAGUAGAUUUAAGUGUUUUCUACGCUUUUGCUAAUUUCUCUAGGAACGCGUGAUUCGUACGCGUUCGUUCGGCCUCGCCUUUUCCAUCCAGACUCGACGCCUAUUCUCUUCUUUUAAUAAUUAUUACGUGUUACGAACCAGCCUUUCUGGAAAAUUUUCGAUAAAAAUUCGAUAAAAAAUUCGGAACGGAAUGGUGAAGAAUCGCAACGAUAAAGCAAACGAAAUGGUGUGAUCAUGACCGAGGGUGGGAGGGAGUCGGGGAUGAAAACGGCGGCGGAAGUAGGGAUAAGGUGCGCGAUGGAAAAAAUAGUAAAAUGAAGCGUUUUCGAUGUUCUCCAUCCCACGACGACGUUUCAUUCUUCGUCAUUUCUCUUCGAGCGGCAUAGCACGAUGUUCGAUUGUCUUUUUGUCGCGAACAAAGGCUGGUGUGAUUUUUGUGAUAUUUUGUAAAAAGCAGAAAUUUUACAAACUGUAGUUAGUUAAUGAUGUGCAAAUGUGUAUGUACGAGUAUGUAACUUAGUUCGAUCUAAAGCGUGACAACGUGCGCUCGCGCCUCGUGUGCCUGUGUAGAUAUAAUAUGUACGUACGACGUGUGCGUGUGUGUGUGUGUGUGUGCGCGCGCGCGCGAAAAAAUUAAGAAAGAGAAUAUAUGUAAUCGAGAAAUAGGAGCAUUUAUUUUUAUGCCGUGCAUUUUACGAGGAUACGAAAAAAAUGCGAGCAAAUCUAUCGAUCGACAAUUUCCGCGAAUAUGUGUAUGAUAUGUAACAUGGCGUUACAUAACGUACAUCGUAAUAUGGCAAAGAUUGUAACACGCGGAUCAAAGAUUCAAGCACUUUUGUCUAGCAUGCGCGAGAGGAACGCGAAAGAAUGUGUGUGCGCGUCGAGUACAAGAAAUUCAUGUAUAUUGAAUGUUAUGUGUCAGCAAGAAUCUCAAGUGUUCGUUGUGUACGUCCCAUAUUUUUACUAAAAAAUUUCAAAGAUAUUGUGCGCAGAACGUUCAUUUCGGUCGAUUCGUGUCGUAAAUUUGCUUUCAUUCAAUAUGUUAUCCCUUUUUCCUGUUUAUUCUAAUUAUAUAGAGAUACAUAGCCCAAUUCGUAUCUUUUCCGUUCCCUUGUUCGUUUCAUGAAUCGCAUUUUCUUAUUUUAAUCGCCUCUUUCUACUUCGUACUUGAUGCGUGAUCCAUGUUUUCAUCGCCGCCAAUCUCAUCGUUUACGCGCUUUAUUGUCAAUUUUCCGAUUCGACUCGAUCGACUCGACUCGACUCGACUCGACCGAAUUCGAUUCGUUACUGAUUUCGAGAUCGCGCGUGACGAUCGUUCGGAAGUUGUUGAUGUUUUAUGAGAAUUUUAUUUGUUUCGAGCAGAAACUUGCAACAUUCCGGUAUCGUUCAUAAAAAAUCGAUACAAGUUAGAUGUAACUCGUUGAUAAUUUGCAUCGAAAAUCGAUUCUAAUAAGUAAACAAAAUAAAAAAAAUUAAAAUCGAAGAAUAUAAGAAUGAAAAUGAAAAAAAGUGUUACAAAUACAUUAUUGCACGUGUCCGAAUAUGUCCAUAUUGCGUAAGCUUAAAUGUAUUAGUCAUACAUUUUUUAUGUAUAUAUAAAUGUACCUCGUAAAGUAAUUUUAAAUAAAAACUAUAGUCAUUGUGUUACGCAUACAUACCGACAAUA